UUCAUGCUUCACUUAAUGAUACAAAUAAGUUACGUUACUGUGUAAAUAAAAUUCAAAAGGAAAAGCAUCUAUUUGGUCAAGAUUUAUUAGGAGUUGUAUAUAAUUUUUCACAUAAUAUCGAUAAUUUUCAGGAUUAUGUUCAACGUUUAA